UUUUCCUAAUUGUGUCAAUAAACACCCUCCAGCUCUCUCCUCUCUUGACGUGACUUUACCCCAGCCAUCAAGAGGGACCGGAUAACAAAAAAGUCAGACGGCUCAAGAGUCAAAUAAAGGGGAUUCGGAUGAAGUAACUGGUCAGGAGUAGAUUAUCGAAAUAAAGUUAGGCGCACUUUCUUCAAGUGUUCAUUUCUGAGUUUACCUCUUGCGUCCCACGCACGUACACAUCUUGUCCUGGAUUGAUAUUUUGCUUCAACGCCAACGCUUGUUACUUACUUGCUGCAAAAUAGAUAACAACCGACUGUUGAUAUUCGCAUCCAUACUGCUUGCUGGUGGACUGUUUCUGAAUUGCGCUUUCGCAAACUGUCUCUGAAUUCUACAUUCAGAUUUCGUUCUUGAAAGUAUUUUAUCGUACAUUAUAACAGAUUCUCAACAACAUGAGUAGCCCUGAGAGUUUAGAGCUUCAUCACUCUCUAUCAGAAGGGAGUAGCCCAAGAACACCAGGCAGUGACUCGGACGAUGCUUCCAGCGAAUGCUCCCGCGAGGACCUCGCCAUCCUUUCCAGUCGUGUCGACCCAUCAUCCCUCGUCGUCGCCGAGGGGACAGCGGCACAGUUCUCGCCGUCGAUCAGGGAUGCGGUGUCGAGAGUGCUGAAUGGAUACGACUGGUCCGUGGUCGCUAUCCCAUCGAGGACGGGACCGAACGGGAAGAGAAAACCUCACAUCAAGAGACCCAUGAAUGCUUUCAUGGUGUGGGCUCAGGCUGCCAGGAAGAAGCUUGGAAACCAGUAUCCACAGCUCCACAACGCGGAACUGAGCAAGACCCUGGGAAAACUAUGGAGAUUGUUGUCAGAUAAGGAGAAGCAGCCAUUCAUUGAGGAGGCAGAGCGUCUUCGUCAACAACACAAGAAAGAUUACCCUGACUACAAGUAUCAACCAAGGCGUCGCAACAAGAAUGACAACAACCCCAAGAAGCCUUGCCUUACCGGCAACCGCCCCAGCCUGGUUCCCUCUCCAGACUCCUCCAACCACGUCUCCACCAAGGCUCUUCUCAGCGCUAUGGUCGGGGAAGAGAUCACUGAAGCCAACCUGAAGGAGAGGACCGAGAAGCUGGGGAUGAUGAUGGGAGGAGCAGGGGGACAGGGACCCCCUACACCACCGACCACACCCAAGAAUGACCUGGAAUGCACACGCCCCAACAAACGCCAGAAGUACUCCUUGAAAGUCAAGACAGAGAUGCCGGUUGACUUUGCUGGUGUCGAUGUCCGUGACUUUGGUGGCGACAUCAUGGGCAUGGAGGAGUUUUCAUCGGAGGAGCUGGACCAGUACAUCGUGCAGACCAUAGCUAGUGUGACUUCAUCUCAACCCAUGCCAGGCCAGCAGGGGAUGGUGAGACAGUCGUGUGCCAUGCCCCCCUUCACAACCCACAGUACCUACCCCAUGAGCAAUGUCAACACCCAAAGCAGCACUGGGAGGCAAUGGAUGGGGAGACCACACCCAAAUGGAGGCAACACCAGCCCCCUACAAACCACAGUCUUGGACAAUGUGAACUCUAAGAUGGAGCAUGACAUGAUGUCACCUCCUCCUCAAUACCCCUCCUCCCAGCACCUUCAUCAGAUGCAAGCUUUCCACUUUGCUGCCAUGCAACAAGCCCAGGAACAACAACAGCAGCAGCAACCCUACGACUUCCGACAGGCAUCCCAAUGCGAAUACCCUGCACAGCAACACUCCCCUCGGCAACAAGCACAAAUGGACUUCUACAAUGCCAAUGCAGGGGCUACGCCAGUCCAAAGUAUGCCCCCUGCCUACCAAUUCCCUCACACCUCCCCCCAGCGAUCACCAGCUUACGUAGACCUCACCGAGCCCGCAACCAUGCUUCCAGAGUCCAGACCGUGGGACUCCUUCGCAGGUACAGUCAGAUCUUGAACAAACUUAAAACUCUGUGGAUAGUAAGCACAAACACUGAAAAGUACAACCGCAUCUCUGAUUCUAAACCCCCAUUUUGUUUGAAGAGUACUGAACAAACAUACCGUGUUUACAGAGCUCAAUUUUAAGUGAUAUGUGUGAUUUAUCUCUAGUGUUUUAGCCCAGGAAGGGUUGAUGACCUACUUGUCAGUGAGGAAGUGACUUUCGAAAGACCAACAGUCGUUUUGAGAUUGACAUUUCCAAUGACUGGAAACUUUCGGAGGCAAACCCAUUAAAACCCCACAAAUCACCCCAGUAUCAAUUUGUGUUUUAACGUGUAAACAGACAGUUCAUCAGCCACUCAUGCAAAUGGCUUGUCUGCUCCAAUCUUCUCUACUCUCUAUUGCAUUUGCAAUUUGUAUAAAGACGUUGUCCUCUCCCAAUAUUUCAUUUUUUAUGUGUUUAGCGGAGAUUAUCCACCAGAGACCACACAUUUAAAAGUGGAUAUACAGUUCAAAAUUACAUAAAGUGUUAUUCUUUGCCAUAACAACAUUUAGAUUUCAAGUAGUUUUCAUUAUAUUUAAAAGCUUUUCUAUCAAUCAUUCCAUGUCUGUACACGUCUAUAUGUAAAGAUAUAGUUGCGUGUCUUCCCCUCUGAAAUGUCAAAUGGACCAAAUUUGUAAAACCAAUUAAAUCUUUAUGACCAAAGUUUUCUUUAAUAUGUUUUAGUAUUUCUGCAUGGAGUAUUUCUUCACGUUGUGCCUUGAUAAAUAUAUAUAUGCAUUAUGCACCAAAGAACGGAUGACUUUCACUUUUGUCACAGUAUACGCCUGAACCAACAAUGAAAUAAAAGGAAAUAUUAAGUUUUUUUAAAUAAAUUCUAAUGAAACAAAACAACAGAAAUUUCAGAGAUAUUAGUAUUAUUUUCAAAGGAAACUCCUCUUUUUUCCUAUUAAAGAAUCAACAAUUUUAAAGUCAAAUUCCUCCAUCUUUUAAACUAGGCUCCUUUAUCAUCUACUUCAAAGAAACUGAAUAAAAAUAUGGAUGUCCCUUAUUUAAAUAUUAAAAUGCAAAAAAUAAGAAGAAAGAUCACCCAUAAAGUAAAUAAAUAAAGCAUUUGUUGAAGGCUAGAGGAUGUAUCUCCUUUGAAGGCAGCUGGGAUACAUUAACCUUAUUGGAGGUCAAAGUUCGCCAGGUUUAGUUUAGUUUUUCCUUUCCUGUAAUUUGUCUAGUGGAGACCACACAGCAAUAUUUCCUCAACCUCCAAUUGAAUGAUUAGUUCACCCUAAAUAUUGUUAAAAUCAAGGACUAUCCAGUUGUCAAAAUGAUAAUAAAAUGUAUUGGUUGGCUAUUUGUUUUGUCCCCUCUUGCCCUUUUUUUUAAUAAAGAAAACUAAAAUUUAUCAUUAUAUAUUUCACCUAGUCAUAUAAGUCACCUAGGUUAGCUGAUUACAGUUAUGAAUCCAAAUCUGCCUCCAGAACUAAUUGCUUAAUAGAACUUUGAGACUUUAGUGUCUCUCUGAAGUAUUAUGCUGAAAAGUUUACAAAAUUCUUCACAUUACUCAUUAAUUACUUCCGGCAAACUUAUGAUUGUAUGUAAAUACAUAAGAUAUUUAUAGUGAUUUUCAUAGAGUAACAAAAAGUUGUUUUUUUGUACAGCUGGUAUGAAUUUUGUAGUUUGUUAUUUAUUGUAUUAACAUUUGAAAAUAACAUUCCUGGUGCCAUUCCAAUUCUUCGUCAUCACAUAAUGCCUUGGUUAGAUCAUGUAAUGUCCGAUUUCUAUCAUCAAAUUAGUACUUAAUUAAAUUUGUGCCUUGAGUAUUUAAGUGUAAUCUCUCUCUUUAAGUAGAACUGUACUACCAUAUAGUCACUCGUAAGUAAAUAAGUUAAAUAUAUUUGUCUUUCUGUAUCAAUUUACAGUUUGAUAUUACAUAUACAGGUCUAGUUAUGGAUAGGAGGGGAGAUUUUAAAUUGCUUAUUGCCUUUUUAUAGUAAUUUAAUAACAUGUUUUAUAGUUCAUUUGAAUAGAUGAUGUACUGUACAUAUGAUAAAGCUGGUUUAUUUUAUAGAAAUAUUUAAGUGCCUUUUUAUUAUGUCUUCACUUGUAAAUAAAAAGUACUACCAUGUAAUGUUUUGAUGAUUUAAGCUAUAUGAAAGAUGGUUGAACAAAAAACACCUCGUCAUGUAUUCACAUUUCACAGUAAUGAAAUGAGUGGGGUAAACUUAUUCACAUAACCCAUUCAAUGUAUUCAUAAUAAGAUUUCAGAAAUCACAUGUUUCCUGAAGUUUAAUGGUUAAAACUGGAGUGCAAACAAAAUGACAAUCUCUCUAAAGCUUGAUUUACACUCUGCAGAAUUUUACCAAACUCUUACAAUCUUUUGGAAAAGAUAGUUGUCAUGUAAGUUUUAUGUACAGAUGUAUUAUGCUGGAGUAUUUGUUGCUGUUUUGUACCUUUGAAAAUAAAAUAUUGAAAAGCUGAAA